GGAGCCUCCACUCCCAUUUCGGGGCCUGUUAGAGCGCACGGAUGGUAGGGAAGGGGUUAAACGUUAAACAGAGGCUGGCCGCCUUUGGGGCGAGGUCUGGAGAGAGGACUGAGGAACACUCAAAGAAGCAGAUUGCAGCCCAGAGCCUCUGUGGGUGCUUUUAAUCUAAACCCCGGACGUCCCUCCCUAUUUUGGGGGUUUUGCUGUUCCUUACGCCUCUGCCUUUUGCUUUUUCCAUGUACCUCCGUGUGUAUCCCUGUUUCUUGCUCUGUGGGUGUCUCUGUCUUUCUAUGUGUGUGUCUCAGUCACUUUUUCUGUCUUUCUUUCUUUGUCUUGGGGUGCCCAUCUCCCUUUCUUUCGGUCAUGUCUCUGUCUCACCCAGUGUGUCUGUGUCUCUGUGCGCCUCCUUCCACCUCUGUGUAGUUGUGGGUCUUCCUGGUGGCUCUCUGGGUGCGUCUCUGUGUUGGGUGUGUGUGGUGUGUGUGUGUGUGUGUGUGUGUGUGUGCGCGCGCGAGCGCGCGCGUGUGUCCGUGUGUGCCGCUCUCUGUGCCGGUGUAUGCGCCUUGCCUCUGUUAUGUGACUGUCUCAUUAGUCACACCCUUGCCUCGAAAUUGCCCCCCUUCCCCCAUGGCGAACUAAGCCUCCGAUUCCCUUUAGAAUUCAGUAACCUUCCUCCACCUGGCACGUGGGAGUUCGGGCUAGGGGCAGCGGGCAGGUCUCCCGGUCCGGGGCAUCCCAAGCCUUUCAACUUUUUGUCUGGGAGCCAAUCAGCGCGGUCACCUGUUACUUGCUUUGGCCGGGCCCUCCUGGGCGCUCCCACUGAGUCAUUCGAUAGCGCGGGGCUCUGGAGGGGAGGCGGGCGGGAGGGCGAGCUAAGCGAGCAAGUAAGUGCCUGCAGCCUCCUCCUCCUUCCCCGUCUCCCUCCCCGGCUUCCCCCGGCUUCAGAGCCGCGCGCGGGGCGGCGGCUGCUUCUCGGGAUGCGGCCGCUAAGCCGCCGGGCUUCCCUAGCGCGCCGGGCACACCUGCUCGGGAGCCCAGCGCCCGGGAUGAGCCCGUGCAGCGCGCCGUGGGCUGAGCCCUAGCCUUCCUCCUCUUGAAGCUCUUGUUUGGUUUCUCCCUCCUAGGCCUCUGCCGCAGACAUGGAGAAAAUCAGCACUCUACAGGAACAGAAGGGAGAAUUGAGGAAACGUCUCUCCUACACCACCCACAAGCUGGAAAAACUUGAAACUGAGUUUGAUUCCACUCGGCACUAUUUGGAAAUAGAACUGCGGCGGGCACAGGAGGAACUGGAGAAAGUCACUGAGAAACUGAGAAGAAUACAGAACAACUACUUAGCUUUACAGAGGAUUAACCAGGAGCUGGAAGACAAGUUAUAUCGAAUGGGUCAACACUACGAAGAGGAGAAAAGGGCAUUGAGCCAUGAGAUUGUAGCGCUCAACAACCACCUCCUAGAAGCCAAGGUGACAAUAGAUAAAUUGUCAGAGGACAAUGAACUCUAUAGGAAGGACUGCAAUCUAGCUGCUCAGCUGCUUCAGUGCAGCAAGACCUACGACAGGUCCCACACAGUGUCGGAGCUGCCAUCUGACUUUCAGGAGCGGGUCAGCCUCCAUGUGGAAAAGCACGGCUGCGGCCUGCCGGCUCCCCUCUGCCACCCCUCCUUUGCCGACACCAUCCCCACGUGCGUCAUUUCCCAGGUCCUGGAGAAGCCUGAACCCAGCAGCCUGUCCUCCCACCUGUCCAACGCCUCAGCCAGGGACCUGGCCUUCCGGGACGCGACCGACAAAGUCAGCCCUCGGGCCCAGUUCAAGUCCGACAUCUACUGCAGUGACACGGCCCUGUACUGCCCCGAGGAACGCCGGCGGGACCGGCGGCCGAGCAUGGACAUGCAGGUAAAGGACGUGGGCUUUCUGCGGUCGCAGCACUCCACCGACAGCACGGCGGAGGAAGACGGCUUCCACUCAAGCUUCUCCCACGAGGCCUUCCCCGAGUACGUGGCCUCCCUGCCCACCUCCAGCUCCUAUUCCAGCUUCAGUGUCACCUCCGAAGAAAAGGAACAUGCCCAAGCCAGCACGCUGACAGCUUCUCAACAGGCAAUCUAUCUGAAUAGCCGGGACGAGCUCUUCAACCGGCAGGCAACUGCCGCCUACGAGCGGCCCUGCAGCCCGUGCUUUGCCACGGUCCAGCCCCAGCCGCACGUGGAACUGGGCCCGGAGGGUCAGGCCACCCCCCCCUUUGUCAGGACGCUGUCCCCCUAUGCCGGGGACCCCUUCCGCUUCCCCGUCACGAUGGAGGCGCAGCAAGCCCUGGUGGCCCAGAAGCUCCGGAGUGAGAGCCGAGGCGCGCACCGCUCGGAUGAGGAGCUGCCGGGCCGGUGGCGGUCUCUGACGGUGGAGGACAUUGGGGCGUACUCCUACCCUGAGGCUGGCCGCAUCUCCCCCCACAGCUUCCCUGAGCAGUACUUUACCGGAAGCCCCGGCAAGAAGGCAGACAGCCGCGCCAGCCCCAUCUAUCCGAGCUACAAGGCGGACAGUUUCUCGGAGGGAGACGACCUCUCCCAGAGCCAGCUGGUAGACUCCUGCUUCCUGCCCGAGGACAGCAACAUGAAUCUGAACAUAAGCCCCGGCCGCCCACCAGACCAACUGCCUCCCUACGCCCCCAGUGAGGCUGGCAGUGAGAGGCUCACGGUUCAGAUGUGUGGGGAUGGCAGGGUGAGCCCCGCCCCUGAGGGAAGCCCCAGACUGGGGGGCAGCUACGCCAAUGUGAGCCCGGCGAGCUCGGCGGGCUCCCUCGAGCCCAGUUCCAUGGAAGCGUCUCCAGAAAUCCACCUGUCUUCUAAGGAACCAGGCCUCCACCCAUCCAUCCACAGCAAACAGCCACAGUUCCAACGGACUCCGAGUACCGGCCUGAGCCGGAAGGACAGUCUGACCAAAGCACAGUUCUACGGGACCCUCCUCAACUAAGCCUCCCCCAGAAUGCAAUAAAGAUCACGUACAGAAUGCUUGGAUCACCCAUCCCAAAGUCCAGCAAGAGAGAGAGAGAGAGAGAAUGAGAGGGAGAAAGGCCGAGAACAUUUUCUCCUCUUCCCCACCCCGACCCAUUUGCCCCUGGGGAUAAAAAGUUUGCAGCACCGAGAGCAUUUUUUUCACACAAACAUCUUUUCCACCUAUGAGAUGAACCCCCUUUUAUAGAUCUAAACUAUUUUUAUAAAGAAAAGUGGUAUUUAUUAAUACACAGCCUCCAGCUCUCUGGACAGUGAGCUGUCUUUUCCCUUUGAGUGCAUUUUCAAACAAAAAUCUCCUUUAUUUUUCUGCAUGAGGGCCACUUGUGCCUACCUCUUGGAGGGAAAGGAUGGAGCCACUGCAGUAGAGAAACACAUACACACACACACUAGAUAGAAAUUUCCACAAACCACAUAACAAAGCAAUCCCAGGAACUGUCCUGAGUAAAACUUGAAAGGAAAGAGAAUUGAAAAGGGGCAGGGCAGGGGGGAGGGGAGAGUCUAUUUUUAAAAGUAUAAAAGAGACAAGCCCCAAGGUCUUUCAUAAUAUUCUAUUUCUGAGUAAAACCUGACCGCACACAGCGAGGCAGGUAUUUUGUUCUCCUAGUCCAUCGUGUUUCUGCUUUCCAACUCUCAGUUGUCUUCUACCUCAAACAUAAUUGAGGUGUUCUUUGUCACCUAUUUUCUGUAGGCUUGCCUUUAUAUCGUCCAUGAUGCAUGCAAUGUCCCAAUUAGUACUGUAUUUUGCAUUACUUAAUAAAAGAAACUGGUGGACAUAGUUUGAGGAGUCUGGUUUUUGACCUCAUGAAAGUUUAUGCCAGAAAAAUGAGAUUAUUACCAUUGUCCUAUCCAACUUCUUUCCCUCAAAAACAACAAUAAGGAUCUGACAGGAAGAGAGAGAGCACUGUGUUGGAUGGGAUAGGCAAGGAAGCUGCUUCCCAAUGAAAACUGAGCCCAAAGGCAGAUUGGGGAUGGGGAUUCUGAACACAGGGUAAAGACUUGUUCAUUCUACAAAUGUUUAUUAAGUAUUUACUAUAUGCAGCUAAAUGUUAUAAUAGAUCUGGCUUUUCAUCCUUUUUCCAUUUGUGAUCCUUUUUUGCCUGAGAAAUUUUUUUGC